GGGCCGGCGCGGCGAGCCGCGCGGCGGAUGGAGACUCUGGCCGCGGCCGGCGGCGCCACCUCCUCGUCGGGCCGGGCACGGCGGGCCGGGGCCUUUGUGUGAAGCGGCGGCGGCGAUGGUGCUCGGGGCCCCGCAGAGCCGGAUUAACUGUGCUGAUAAGGAGGUAAUUUCAUAGGAGCUGCUAAGAUGGGCAUGAGGAUCAAACUGCAAAGCACCAACCACCCCAACAACCUGCUGAAGGAACUCAACAAGUGCCGGCUCUCGGAGACCAUGUGCGACGUCACCAUUGUGGUGGGGAGCCGCUCCUUCCCGGCCCACAAGGCUGUGCUGGCCUGUGCAGCUGGCUACUUCCAGAACCUCUUCCUGAAUACUGGGCUUGAUGCUGCCAGGACCUAUGUGGUGGACUUCAUCACCCCUGCCAACUUUGAGAAGGUUCUGAGCUUUGUCUACACGUCAGAACUCUUCACAGACCUGAUCAAUGUUGGGGUCAUCUACGAGGUGGCUGAGCGUCUGGGUAUGGAGGACCUCCUCCAGGCCUGUCACUCUACCUUUCCUGAUCUAGAGAGCACUGCCAGGGCCAAGCCCCUGACCAGCACCAGUGAGAGCCACUCUGGUACCCUGAGUUGUCCUUCGGCUGAACCUGCCCAUCCCCUUGGGGAACUCCGAGGUGGUGGGGACCACUUUGGUGCUGAUAGAAACUAUGUGUUGCCCAGUGAUGCUGGAGGGAGCUAUAAAGAGGAAGAGAAGAAUGUUGCCAGUGAUGCUAACCAUAGCCUGCAUCUGCCGCAGCCGCCACCACCACCACCAAAGACAGAAGACCAUGACACCCCUGCUCCCUUCAUGUCCAUUCCUAGCAUGAUGACCCAGCCAGUCCUAGGCACUGUCAGCACGGGCAUCCAGACCAGCACAAGCUCCUGCCAGCCAUACAAAGUUCAAAGCAAUGGAGACUUCAGUAAAAACAGCUUCCUCACCCCUGACAAUGCAGUAGACAUUACCACUGGGACCAACUCCUGUCUGAGCAAUAGUGAGCACUCCAAAGAUCCAGGCUUUGGGCAGAUGGAUGAGCUCCAGCUUGAGGACCUGGGGGAUGAUGACUUGCAGUUUGAAGACCCUGCUGAGGAUAUAGGCACAGCUGAGGAGGUGAUUGAGCUGAGUGAUGACAGUGAGGAUGAGCUGACUUUUGGAGAGAAUGACAAUCGGGAGAAUAAGGCCAUGCCCUGCCAGGUGUGCAAGAAAGUUCUAGAGCCCAACAUUCAACUGAUCCGGCAGCAUGCUCGGGACCACGUGGACCUGCUGACGGGCAACUGCAAGGUCUGCGAGACCCACUUCCAGGACCGAAACUCCCGGGUCACUCAUGUCCUGUCCCAUAUUGGUAUUUUCCUUUUCUCCUGCGAUAUGUGUGAAACUAAGUUCUUUACCCAGUGGCAGCUGACCCUUCAUCGACGGGAUGGAAUAUUUGAGAACAACAUCAUUGUCCACCCCAACGAUCCCCUGCCAGGGAAGCUGGGUCUCUUUUCAGGGGCAGCCUCCCCAGAGCUGAAAUGCGCUGCCUGUGGGAAAGUAUUGGCCAAAGAUUUCCAUGUGGUCCGGGGCCACAUCCUUGACCAUCUAAACUUGAAGGGCCAGGCCUGCAGUGUCUGCGACCAGCGUCACCUUAACCUCUGCAGCCUUAUGUGGCACACGCUGUCCCAUCUCGGCAUUUCAGUCUUCUCCUGUUCUGUCUGUGCCAACAGCUUUGUGGACUGGCAUCUUCUAGAGAAGCACAUGGCUGUGCACCAAAGUCUGGAAGAUGCCCUCUUCCACUGCCACUUGUGCAGCCAGAGCUUCAAGUCAGAGGCUGCCUAUCGCUACCACGUCAGCCAGCACAAAUGCAACAGUGGCCUUGAUGCACGGCCUGGUUUUGGGCUGCAGCACCCAGCUCUCCAGAAGCGGAAGCUGCCAGCAGAGGAGUUUCUGAGUGAAGAGCUGGCGCUGCAGGGCCAACCUGGGAACAGCAAGUAUAGCUGCAAGGUCUGUGGCAAAAGAUUUGCCCACACAAGCGAAUUCAACUACCACCGGCGGAUCCACACGGGGGAGAAGCCAUACCAAUGUAAGGUGUGCCACAAGUUCUUCCGAGGCCGCUCGACCAUCAAGUGCCACCUAAAGACACACUCGGGGGCCCUCAUGUACCGCUGCACAGUCUGUGGGCACUACAGUUCCACCCUUAACCUCAUGAGCAAGCAUGUUGGUGUGCACAAAGGCAGCCUCCCCCCUGACUUCACCAUUGAGCAGACCUUCAUGUACAUCAUCCAUUCCAAAGAGGUGGAAAAGAACCCGGACAGUUGACUGGGUCCCGGCAGAGCCACGGGGAGCAUCCAAGCAGCAGCCAGGACGCUGAUAUCUAAGAGCUGUUGGUCUCUCCCCAGCUGAAGUUAUAAUUUUGCCUUGGUAGGAAUUCUGUUCUGUGUUGUGUUUAAAGAAGAAAAGAAGAAGAAAUAGCACAUAAGCUGUUACUGUUGUUGAGAAGCAACAGCCCUAUCGCAUUUACCUCCAUACCUGUUCUUGCCCAUGAAGGGCUGUGUUUUUCAUUCUUUUGAGGCUGGUUUUGGGAUCUAGUCAAGCAGUUGGUGUCCACUAGACCCCCUUCCCCAGCCUCUCUAGUUUUAGUUUACUGAUAGGUUUUAUGCUGCUAAGAAUUUAACCAACAGCCUCACUUAACAGAGGAGGUAAAGGGAGGUUUUCACUGUAGGUGUUACCGCCAGGCCUCCAACCGGGAUGAACAGCUAUGAGAAAGAUUUUGGGAAUGUGGUCAUUCAGAAAAGACAGGUCAGCAGGGCAGUCCCCUCAGGUUCCAGCCCUCAGCAGGGACAAGAUAUCAGGGAUGUUGGUGUCUGCUUAUCUACAGCCCUAAUCUGCUGAUUGGACAGUGAAAAUCUUUUGGCAGCUAGAUCCAUACUAGGGACAGAGCUUUCUGUUUAGGUCAGAAAGCUUUGGGAUGAAUCCCUGCCAGCCAGAAGGGGUGUCCUGCAGUGCCGCCAGAAGUGGCAGCCUGGAUGGACAGGAGAGGUUUGUCUUUUCUCCUCAUUUCCAAAGAAACAGGAUUUUAUGGAGUGAUGGCCCGGGACGUCCGGCCUUCUGUGGGGCAGAGAGGAUAGGGAACCACUUUGAUAUAGUCAUCUGUUUUGGCUACUUCUGUUGGCCGUGAGUGUCUUGGUGGAGAGGUGGGGAUGUCUCUGACAGCAGCAGCCUUGCCUUAAUUUAUAUCUGGUCUCCCGCCCAGAAGUGUUUGGCCCGUGGUGUAGAUGAGCUGACUCCAUGAAGUGGUGGAGUGGCAGACCGCGAGCCCUUCAGGAUUAAAGGGACCUGAGUAACUGGUGGUGUGUAGCAGGGUGUGCGUUCUGACUGUCUGUCCUAGUCGGGUAACCUGUUGUUUACUUUGUGCUAACAGUGCCGGAGCUUUGUCAGCUCACCUUUGACCUGCUGGAAUUUAUCCUGAUCUGUCGUUGCCAUCACCUCCAGGGGGCGCUAUUGGAUGGCAGCUGGUUCAGGCCCUCCGUGGGUGGCUGCAGAGUAUGCCGGCACAGCCCACGCAGCUGGUUAGCUCCACUCUUAACUUGGUUUUCUAAGGGGCUUUGCCCAAAGAAGGCUUGAGGGAUAGGGCCCUCGAUCUUGCAUACUUGUGAGGUGCCACCUCAGUAGCUCAUACUACCUCACCCUGCUCAGGUGAGCUCUGAGAGUCCCUGGCCUCAGCCCUGACACUGCCCCUGGUGGGAUUCAGCAACACCCUGGGCUGUUUCACAAGCAAAUGGUUUUCAUUAACUCACAAAGCCUUUUUGGGCAUUAAUAUUUAUUUAUUUUUGUUUUUGUAUACACAUUACCCAGCAUCUCUUUUGUAUAAGAGACUUUAGGAAAAUGAGUUUCUCCCCAGCAAGUAGCCAUAUUCCAGAGAACAGCCUUGACCAGAGAUUUGGAGAACCAGGGGUCUAACUAAGAGAAGAUGUGUCAAGCCCUUAAGCAAGUUCUUUUCUUCUCCAGAUUGUCUCUAGCAUAAUAAACCCAGGGAACACUUUAGGCCAUGGGUGUAUGUUCUAGAAAGUUCGGGACAGUUAAAUCCCAGGCCUUUCAUCCCCCUUCCAUCCUGUGAUGGGGUAGAUUGGGGACAGGGUUGAGGGGAACAAGUGACAUGAAUGACCUGUUUGCACAGUUUGGAAGCCUCCUGUCUUUAUAUUGAGAUGUCAGACAAACCAAAGCUCCAUCCUUGUUGGACCUGCUGCUUCUCCCCAGCCCUGAACUGAUAAAGCCUCAGAGUCGGAGUGCAUGGCUCUCUGGUGGGGUGACCAUUAGAUGAAGGGACUUGUACAGUGGCCAGUUUAAAGGUCCACCUUUGACCAUCUAAACCCACCUUGUUCAGUGUCCCCUCAGGACAUCCUCAUCAGGAAAGCAGUGUUGAGACUCUUCAUUGCUGACUGGCUUCUCCCUUUCUUGCUCACACUGACCAUUAGAAUUUAAGAAGGAAAUGUGUAGCAGACUACAGUCAAGUGUCUGCUACAUUUUCAAGCAUGAGCAAUCCCUCCCAGGCUGUUGGUGAGGACUGAUUUUUGAAAUGCUGGCGUGAGAGAGGUGGUAAUUACAGGAACCAGCCAAGUGGCUGAGAGCAGAUAAAUGUGCUGGAGAAACCUUUUUCCUUAACAGAGGGCAUCAUGGAUGCUGGGUGGUCUGUGUACUUAACCUGAAACUGUGAAGUUUUCCCUUUUUGCCAGUAAACCAAAAAGCAGAUCCUUGAAACUUUGCCCUUGAAACACGAAACAGAAAACUGCAUCCCCUGAUCCCCCUGGGGCUGAUCAGAUUGAUCAGGGUGGCCCAGUUGGUCCCAGUCAGAUACGUCAUAGGAUCAGUAGCUCGUGAGAUUUGUUGACCAAACCCUCUCCCUGUUGGUGACCCCUGUAUUCACACCUGAACUUCCCUGUUUCCCCCCACCCCACCAAAGUCAUGUCUGCUUCUUCUGCCUCUAGCUCACCCUCUUCUGAAUGGUUUUGCUUGAAACACUAUAUUGCGGCAGAGGGCACCCUGGGAUACCUGGUAGAAGGUAUUCAUUUUAUUUUGCAUUUUUAAUUGUUUUGACUUUCUGUUCAUUUGAUUUUGUUGCUUCCUCUGUACUGGAGCCUAGUUUAGUACUCUCUUCUGUGUUACUCUGAAGUUCUGUUCAAGCCUUGAACAUCCUCUUCUCUCGUUUUCUUGGUAUGUACUCAGGACCAGCUACAUCAUUUGUGGAGCCCUGUUAUUCACAAAUUAUUAAGAAUUUCAAGGUGGUGGUCAUAGAGCAUUAAACCAAAUAUGAGGCCAUUCCCAACUUGUUUUCUGAGGGGAAAAUGGUAAUACUUGUGUGGCAUCCGGGUUUAAACAGCAGAGGCUCCGUGUGGCCAGAGGCAGAGAUUACUAUCCUGGCACUCCAGUGACCCACUGGUGACUCACUGAUGCCACAGCACCCGCUAGGAAGCUCUGCUAAACCUUAGUAUUUGGUCCUAAAUUUUUUGACUCCAUGGAGUUCCCAUAGUCCAUGGCUAGUUAGGAAGAAAGGAGGUGGGAUAAGGGUCAGGCCCAGGUGACCCCGAAGAACCAGGAGAUGGGUAAAAGUUUUUUGUUAUAUUCUUCUUUUCUGAUCUGUGAGUACCCGUUUGUCUCCAGGCCAAACCUUUGGGCUUAAAUAUCUUUUUCCUAGACAGGUUUUUGCUAGUGUUGAAUUUUCUUCCUCCUCUGGCCUCCUUCUGUGCCCCUUUCCCCAAGCCCCAGACUGCUUAACUUCCAAAGCAAAUUCUAGAUGGACACUAUUUAUUGGUAUGGGAGUGGGCUCUAUGGGGUGGUCUGCGCCCAUCUGGGACUCUUUUCCCUAAAUCCUGCACCAAAUGAGUCAGGAGGCAGGGUGCACAGCAUUAGUUUCAAUGCGGUUAUGCAUCGUAAGCUUAACAUCAGAAUGAAAAUGAAACUCGAUUUUGAUGUUUCUUUAAAACCCCCUGUCCAAUCCACUUGCCACCCCCAUCUUGAAUAGCUAAAGUCUCUUAUGAAACAGAAGAGUUGUUGAUGUCUAACUCCUUCCAUUAAAUUAAUAAGUACUGACCUCCUAAUAUUUAAGUGUUUACUAUCUAUUGCUGUAAAGUUUUGUAUAUUUUGUAAACUUUUUUCCCCAAAUAGUAGAUGUCCAAAAUCAUUGUACAUCUGAUUCUUUUAUAUUCCAUUGUUCAGCACAAAGUGUGGUUUUUAUUUAGAAUAAAAAAAGAAAUUUGAAAUGAGA